GGGAAACGAUCAGGUUAUCAGUUGGCGUCUCAAAGUACAGUAAUGGCCGAUGAUUUAGGACUGUCUGGAGCGCCGCUAGGGAUAGCAGUGGCUGUGAUUUCAAGCUUUAUUAAUGGAUCGACAUUUGUGCUUCAGAAAAAGGGGAUACUGCGGUCUCGUAGCAAAGGAUGUUCGUACCUCACAGAUGCGGUGUGGUGCAGUGGUACACUGUGUAUGAUAAUUGGCCAAAUUGGAAACUUCCUGGCAUAUAACCUGGCCCCUGCUGUGAUAGUUACACCUUUAGGGGCUCUUGGAGUGCUUUUUGGUGCUGUGCUGGCUUCUUGGAUCCUGGAGGAACAUUUAAACAUCCUCGGGAAGCUCGGAUGUGUGCUCUGUUGCAGUGGUGCGGUCUUGCUGAUUAUCCACGCCCCUAAAGAGGUGGCCGCAUCUAGAGAGGAGUUUGAAGAAAGGCUGUCAGAUCCAGUGUUUGUAACUUACAUCGUGCUCGUGGUCCUGCUUUUGAUCGCUCUGAUCGUGUGGGUCGCUCCGGCUCACGGCACAUCCAACAUCAUGGUGUACAUCGCCAUAUGUUCGCUCCUGGGAAGCUUCACCGUUCCGAGCAGCAAAGGGCUCGGCUUGGUGGCCCCUGAUGUGUUUACUGAGGGGCCGUCGAACACCAGAGCCCUGGCUCUCUUCCUUGGCCUGCUGGGGGCGCUAGCGCUCAGCAUCCUGAUCCAGUUCUUCUUCAUCAAUAAAGCCUUGGAGAGCUUCAGCUCCAACAUAUUCGAAGCUAUAUAUUACGUGACGUUUACGUCCACCGUGAUCUUUGCCUCUGCCCUCCUGUUUAAGGAGUGGACGGCACUCACGGUGAGCGACAGCCUGGCCAUGCUCUGCGGUUUAACAACGGUGUGUGUAGGAGUGAUCUUACUUAGAAUCUCUCAGGAAGCUCUGAUUACUUGGAAGGAGAAGGAGGCACGGACAAAAUCAGACUGAAACUCUGUUUGCUCUGAACUACAUCCCAUAUUAGUGACCAAAGCUACAAGAUGCAUCGGUCAGCCGUGACCUUUGACCAGAUCAAUGUGAGGAAGAAAACAGUGAGUGUGUCGUGGCAGUUUAUAAAUGAACAGAAGCUCGGAUUUGGUAUAAAAGAAAAUGACAUUCUGUGCCUAAAGGGUUUGUGUCAACAGCAGAAAUAAGGAUUCAGUUAACUCAGGGGUUGGCAAACCAAACUGCUCAAAGAGCCAUAUUGGACCAAAAAACCAAAAAAUAAAUCUGUCUGGAGCUGCAAAAAUGUAAAAGUCUUAUAUAUGCCUCGUAUGAAACUAAGUGUAUUAUCCCACUAAAGAAGAGGACUAUGUGGGCUGAAAUGUAAAAUAAGCACUCAAGAUUAAAUGUUUAUCCUGGAGCAAAUGUCACAUAGCAGGAUGAGGCGAGGGAGGAAAUCUAUCUUUGCUCUCCUUUCAUUCAUCCAGAAGUUCUGCAAAUGCACUUUUUCUCUCACUCCCAACUUUGUGAUCAGCUGCGUAUUUAGUCUUCCCUGGAAACUUACUUUCCUUUUUCUUUUUUCUUUUUUUUAAACCUCUCAUUACAAAGCAAAAAUGCAGGCAAUCCUUCCGCAUUGAUAAUGAAAGCAAAUGAUUCGGUCAACUCUUUGAAUCCUCUUUUCUCAUCACCUAUCUUCCUUUUUUCCCUUUGGAAUCCAUGUUCUGAGAAACACCUGCAGGUUUGUUUGCCCGGCACCGCGCCGCGCUGGUUGCAGGUUAUGACCACUGAUCUCUAUGGUUAUGACUCAAAUUUAAAUUUAUUUAUUAUACAAAUAUUUACAGCAUUGGAAAACAAUUAAUGUUUGUUUGACCUCCUGCACGAAGCUCCAGAGAGCCGCAAGGGGGCGCUAAAGAGCCACAUGCAGCUCUGGAGCUGCGGGUUGCCAACCCCUGAGUUAACUUGAAAAGAGGCUGUAAAGCUGAAUUAUAGUAACUAUAAGGUGCCUUGCAGGAGUACUUAUCUCACAACCACAAAUUUGAACACAUUUUAUUUUAUACAGUCAGGUGACAUCUUGCUGAUUGGUCAUUCUGUGCUCUUUUGGGCGACAGACCAUGGGCCAGAAUAGGAUAGGCAAUGGACCAGUACACCCAUAAAACUGUGUUUACAUUAACAUUUAAAUUGCCCAAAUGUUAAUUAAGGAAAUGAAUCUGCUAAAUAUAACCACUGCAAUUUAAAAAAAACUCACAUUUUUCACUUAAACACUUUUGCGCUUCACAUGGAAAUUCUUAUUAUUAUUUUCCAUAAAAUUCUAAUGAAAAACACUUUUUUGCAAUGAUCCACAACUGGACCUUACUGCCUUGUGAAAAAAAAAAACUGCGAAGGCCGGGGCUGUUUGCAGGAUGAUACUAGUGGGACUUAUUUGGAUUUAUAGGGAGACUGAAUUAAAUCUAAUCAAAGUUUAUCUAUAUAGGACUUUACAACAACACCAGGAAGACCAAAGUGCUUCACAGAAAGAUAAAAACGUUGCAUAAACAAAAAUAAACUAAAAUCGUAAGCAUAAAAAAAUGUGUCCUAAGUCUUAAAAGCCAUUUUUAAAAAAAUGAGUCUUUGGGCGUGCAGGUUGCGCUGUGGUUAGUGAGCACUACCCAUAUACGGAGGCCUUAGUUCUCGACGCAGCAGACCCGGGUUCGAAUCCAGCUUGUGGUCUUUUCCCGCAUGUCUCUACCUCUCUCUCAUACCCCCUUUUACGGAAGAGGAUUAGGGCCAGCGAAAAAAAAAAAAAAAA